AUGUGGAUUCCGACCGACCGAUCCAUCGCUAAAUCAAAACGUGCGAUUUAUGUUAAUGUAAUAUGGAUUUGUAUUUUUUGCGUCGGUAUAAGUGCGCGGACGUACGAAAGGAAGGAUUUCAAUAGAAAUAGUACUACCUUUGUAGGAAAGGAUGGUUUUACGCAAAAGAAAGCGAGAUCUGCCCAGUAUGGGGGAUUCUUGCCAAGACUACAGGCUGUUUAUCCAAGACAGAGCGUGCCGGUGCGAUUAACUACUAUUCCAGUCAACGGAGGUUAUCGUUUCCCGAUAGCACAAAAGUUUACAAAUGUUGCACCAUUAGCCCAGUUGCCGGGCAUACAAAGAGCCUAUGUGCCUAUAAUCAAUUCUGUUCCAUCUAUACGAUAUCCUGUAUUGCGACAAGGGGGAUUGACUGGUCGAUAUGUUGUGCCCUACACGCUUAAAAUGCCCGCACAAGGCUUAUCACCUGUGCCACAAGAUAGCGAGGGCUUGGGAAAGCAUUAUAAUGAGAAAUAUAAUACCCUACCAACGAUCUCAAACAUGGACUUAACGCAAGAUGGUUUAAGUCUACCAAGAAAAACCGAGAGUAAAAAAUUAGACAUUGGCGACGAUUUUGAUAACUUUUUGACAAGCCUAGGUAAGGCGUUCGUUUUUCAUUUUUUAAUUUUAGUAUCGAACUGUCUCUAAGCCUCAUUUUGUAUUAUUUUUUGGAAUUAACAACGACCACAAAUGCUUAAAAAUAAUUUUUUAAGAGUCAGUUUAAUGUUUUUUUGUUGUACUGGUGAGGAAAUGAGUUCGAACAAAAGUGUUUAUUUUGUGAAGAAAAUAAUUGACCUGCAAGUAGAUAAAACUUAAUCAAAACAACUACAAAACGGUCAGUUCAUUUACAAAAAUAUCCUGUUAUUUAGAUUAAGAACGCUUCGCUCGUUAUAGAUAUAUCAUGUUUUGUUUAUUUCUCAACAUUUUAACGAACUAUGUUUAAUACUACAAGCUUCAGUGGUUUGUUUCUGUUUAAAUAAGAUUAAAAGCCCUUCAAUGUUUCGCCAGAAAAACAUGACCUUAGGAAAGGAUUUCGCUAGGAACUACAAACUGCAUUUUUUACUCUUCAGGUAGUUGUGAAAUCAUCAGACACGGCAGUUUAUUUUAGAAUACUGUCCUCACUUUGAGAUGGCUUUUUUUCUCAGAUAGUUAAGCCCGUAAACGUUUAACGGAUACAUUUCAUCAGGGGUGCAAAACUAUCGGACAACGGGACCAUUGGUCCCAGAUUUGCCAUCUGUAUUUACCUAGGAUCAGACCCUUGAUGUUAUCCAAAUUAGUUUUAUGUUAUAUUCCUAAAAGUAGCUAUCAUAAAAUUCUCAGUACACUGAAAUAUGCAAGUCUGUUAAAAUAUAGCGUGACAUCCAGUUUGACAACUUGUUUGUCUCACACAGUUACAGCGAUUAGUAAAUCAUUUACUUGUAAUGACUAUUUGCAGAAAAUUUUAAAUGUCUUCUUGCGAUCCCAGAAAGUAAAAUAUUUUUUCCACCCCUAUACAUUUCAUAUUACUGUUUGUAUAAAUAUUCGAGAUUGUGAAUGUUUUAUGCGAACUGUUAAUUAAGGCGUGGCUAAGGUUUUGGACUAUAUAUAUUCGAACAUUUUAUGAUGACAGGAAAGCAACGAUCGCUUAAAAUGGUGAUAUACCACCAUUUCAUGCCCAUUUUGAUUCGUUGUUCAAAGGAUACGGCUUAUUGAAUUUCAUAAAAAGUAUUUUUCCACGAGCAGGUACACUUUUUAUUUAAGGAGUUGUAAUACAAUCGAUGUACAGUAAAUGUGACAAGUAUAUUGUCAGUUAAUAAAUCGAAAGGAUAAUUGGAAAAUAUGAAUAAACAUGGCGUAACUUUGAGGGCCUUGGCUUUAAACUAUCAUGUCUACGACUAUUGAAACUAUAACAAUCAUUCAAUAACAAGUUAAAAUGACUCUUUAUCGCCUCCUUAAUAGCGUAAAAUCGCGUUUGACGUAUGAAAACAAAGCUUAAACCAUAAUCAUGAGAAUAGAAGGUUAGGGAACUCGAUGCAGACAUUUAUGCAAGAAAUGGUCGGUUCAUCCAUAGUUAAUAGAAUAGAUGGUUUGGAAACUCAUUAGAAUAACAAUAUAACUCAUUUUCUAUGUUAGUCAAUGUUUAUUCAUAAAUCUGGUCCUUCACCGACACGUGUGUAUUGUAUUUUUGCCAAAUUCACCAAUAGCAAUUUCCAAUUUACCCUAUUGUUCAAGUCACGGAUAGGUAACUUUCCUGAAAUAUUGCCAUUGGCUAGAUGGGCAAAAAUACAACACGCACGUGACGGUAAAGGACCAGAUUUAUGAUUAAACGUUGACUAACAUAGAUAAUGAGUUCUAUUGUUAUUCUAACGAGUUUCCAAACCAUCUAUUCUUUUAACUAUGGUUCAUCGUCACGUGUGUAUUGUACUUUCGCCAGAGCAACCAACAGCCAUAUUUUCAUCUAACCAUUGUGUGAUAUCACUACUGGGUAAUUAAACCAACACACUGCAAUUGGUUCGCAAUUGGGCGCGAUAAAACAAUACACACAUGACGAUGAACAGACAUUUCUUGCAUAAUUAAAUCAAGACAAACAAAAACAUAGAUGAGGUUUAGUGUGUCUGUAUCGAGUUUCCAAACCUUAUUCUAUUGAUUAUGAUUAAACUAUCCUCUAAUAAACCCCUUCUUGUAUAAGAUAUAUUAUGUACCAUUUAAAACACGAGCAAAAGUGCUUUAUCAGAUAUAAAACACGAGGCGACAGCCGAGUCUCUUAUAUCAGAUAUAAGCAUGAACUGCGAGUGUUUUAAAUGGCUUAGAAAACGACUCAUCUUAUGAGUUCAUUGGUGAAGUAAUUUUUAAAAUAAACGUUGUCUAAGCCGAGAAAAUCAAAGCUAUAGUUUAUGUAAAUUAACAUGAUUUUUUAUCACAUAUAAAACCACCGACACGGUAUAGUGAAUACCUUUGUCAUUUCCUCAUGAAUUAUUAAUGAGUUUUUUAAAUGAUAUACAGGGUGUCCCAAAAAAACCCGAAAACUAUUGAAAUAACGUAUUGUUAGAAUUUGAAUGCCUCAGCACUCUGCUGAACCCACACGUGCAUCAAAGCUUGACAUAAGUAAGUUUUAUGCAUAAAGAAACCCUUUCAGAAGCUGUUUUAAAUUGACCAUUUGCGUAAUAGACUAAAUUUUGAACUAAACAAGUCUAGACAAAAAUUUCAUCACAGCUUGAAGGAGCAUCACAAAAUUAGUAAUAUUCCAGAGUUUCGUUGCAAAAUGUUGUAAAAUGCGGAAAAUAUAGCCUUGCGAAAUUUGCAAUUUUCAGUCAUCGAGGCUGUCAAUUUCCGGUUUGUAAUCUAAAAUGACUGAAAAUUGAAAAUUUCGCAAGGCUAUAUUUUCCGCAUUUUACAACAUUUUGCAACGAAACUUUGGAAUAUAGUAAAUUUUGUGAUGCUCUUUCAAGCUGUAAUGAAAUUUUUGUUGAGAUGAAAAUUUAGUCUAUUACGCAAAUGGUCAAUUCCCAAGAGCAGAAAAUCGUGCGCUUUACAAAGAUAUUUUAAUUUCUUAAUGAGUCAAUAUUUAAUAUAUGCACCCUUGUCAAUAUUUUACGCAUCUUUGCGUUCAGCUUAGUGCUAGGGCAUUCAAAUUUUAACAAUACGUUAUUUCAAUGGUUUUGCGGGGUUUUUUUGGACACCUUGUAUAAACUCUCGAUGCAUUUACCUUCGCAUAGAUGGCCCAUGUACGAAGAAUUCGUGUCAAAAUGGCGCGAAAUGUCGGAUAACAAGUGACGGGACAUCAUAUCAUUGCAUCUGUAAGAGAGGAUACAAAGGGAAGACAUGUGAAGGUACGGGAUAGUGAAGGAUAUCUAAGAACAUCUAACACUAACACCUGUAUUCUAAAAGCUCACGCACGCUCACACUCAAAGAGUGGAGGUUCAAUCUGAGCUUCCCUUGAGUGUCAAUGCUGUUUUUGAAUAGCUGGAGGGUGAGAGUAGUCACAUAGUAAGGUAUGACACUAGCCCACCAGCUAUUCAAAAACAUCACUGACACUCGAGAGAAGCUCAGAUUGAACCUCCACUCUUUGAGUGUGAGCGACCUUUUAGAAUACAGGCGUAAGGACCACUAUAGGUUAAUUUCAUGGAAGAAUAUUGGUGGCGCAGAGUGGCAUGGCUAAUAACAAUUUUAUUUCAAAUAAUAUGUAAUAACAAUUUUAUUUCAAUUAAUAUAACAGUUUUACUUUAAUUAAUUCGUUUCUCCUCAGACAAAAACGAAUGUUUUCCUAACCCUUGCGAGAACAAAGGGGAGUGUACGCUGACCAAUGAAGGGUUCGAGUGCUCAUGUCCGAAAGGUUUCAAAGGGAAGAAAUGUGAACGUAAGUACCGCUUGUAAAUAAUGUCAUUUUCAUAAAGAUGGCGGCCGCCGAUAGUGGUUCACACGGAAUAGCAGGCUCAUUUGGUUAUAAUGAUACAAUUACACAGCUCCCGAUUAUAAUUGAGAAAAUUUGUCAUGCAUGUUAUUAACGAGUAUUAUCAUGAGAAUUAAGUCCUAUUCAAGUAAGAUUGUUGAUCGUAUUUAAUAUCUACCGGGUGUCCCCCAAAAAAGUGGACACUGUUUGAUUUUAUGCAACGUAAAAGCUAUAAAAGCUAAAUCGCAAUGAAAUAAAGAUCAUUGCAUUCAGAAAGGACUAACUUAGAUUUUGAUAUAUAGCACUUGAAUUUACAUGCAAUAUUAUCAGAUGCCAAGGAACAUCUAAAACCCAGUAGUAUGUCUAGCAGUACCAUACCGAAACUUGAGUCAGCACCUCUUAACGAAUCCGACCCAGUUCUGGUUCUGGUUUGUUUACAGUUGACAUAUUUAUACAGUAUAGUGAUCAUACUGUAUAUUUUUGUUUUGGUUGUAUCUCGCUCAAUAUUGCAUGUAAAUUCAAGUGUUAUACAUCAAAAUCUACGUUAGUCCUUUCUGAAUGCAAUCAUAGCGUUUACGUUACAUGAAAUCAAACAGUGUCCAGUUUUGGGGGGAUACCCGGUAUAUAAAGAAUACUAAGCAGGAUCAGUUUUAUACACGUUUUAUCAGGUAUAAAGGCUAAUAAAGGUACUUCGCGUGAGAUAUUCUGGUUGACAUGAUUUACCAACGACUAUAAGAAUUUUUUAAAACCUUAAAUUGAAACCAUCAUACAAUUUUGUUAGUCUGGAAUAUAUGACGUGUAUGCUUUUUUCCAAAUUGCAUCUCAAAUUAUAUUAUUAUUAACUACACUACUAAAAUUUUCUUGUCUUUAUUUUUCAGAGGAAAACACGUGCGAACCUAACCCCUGCCAGCACGAUGGCAUUUGCACUGAACUAAAAAGCGGAGGUUUUGAAUGUACUUGCAAGAAAGGCCAUUUUGGUGAUAAAUGUCAAGGUAGGUAGGGCUAUACUACUCUUGUCGUAGGAAGUUAGGCUAUACUGACUACUCUUGUCGUAGGAAGUUAGGCUAUACUACUCUUGUCGUAGGAAGUUAGGCUAUACUACUCUUGUCGUAGGAAGUUAGGCUAUACUACUCUUGUCAAAUGCAGUUUAAAAACGACGCGCAAAAUUUAUUUUUUUUUCUUCAUCUGAAGACAUUGUUCUCUGAUUACCGGAUAGGGUAUCCAGAUUCGGCACAUACUAAAGAAAAUAAUAAAAUGUGUUUUUACUUCCUCCAGUGAGCAAGCAAGGUUGCAGUCCCAACCCAUGCCUAAACAAUGGUCAUUGUACAGAGAGGGAUAAUGGUGGACAUGAGUGCAUGUGUGCCGAAGGAUAUACAGGGACAAACUGUGAUAGUAAGUGAAAUAAAAGAAUAGAAAAUGUUUUGUUGUACAAUGGACAUACAGGAGAAACAGGGAUACACGGUGAUAUACAGGGACAAAACGGGUACAUACAAGAUAUACAGGGACAAACUGUGAAGUGAGAUACAAUUCGCAGGAUAGGAAAUGUUCAAAAAUGCAAAAUUCAUGGAUGCAUUUUUAUUGUAGGACCCAAUAACAAAUGUUUCAUCAACCCAUGUAAAAAUGGCGGUUCCUGUAUGCAAGCAAUGACAAGUCUGGGGUACGAGUGCGCAUGCUCGAGAGGCUUCAGGGGAACUAACUGCGAAGGUAAAUUAUCUCAAACUUUCCCACUUUUAAUAACUGAACAAAGUUAAUCCCAUUUUGUAAAACUUCAAAGAAACACAGCAUUAAACAUUAUCCGUAUCAAGCAUUAACACCCAUCUAUCAGAUAAAGCAACUUUUCCUUCACAAGUUUUAUUUGCUUGUGUGUACGGUAAAAAAAAUUAUCUUUAUUCCUUGUCAAUGAGCCUUGUUCCGAAGCUUGUCAUGCCAGCUUUGGGACAGGGAAAAUUUGCUCGUGUGUACGGCCGCCAAGGAAAACUUGACAAGUACAACAAAUACUUCUAUGGUUUUGGCAAACAAAAGGUGGCCUUGACGUAAGAUAAAUGUUUAACAACAUUCCGUGCACAUGACCAACAAAACGUGUCAAGGAAAACUCGUUGACCGUACACACGAGAAAUUAAACUUUUUAAGCGAAAGUUAUGAAGGAAAACGUGUUGACCGUAAACAACGGGAGAAGUUAAACUUGUCAGGGAAACAUGUCAAGGAAAACUUGUUGAUCGCACACACGAGAAGUAAACUUAUCAAGGGAAACUUGUUGACUGUACACACGAGAAAGUAAACUUAUCAAGGGAACUUGUCAAGGGAACUUGUCAAGGGAACCUUGUUGACCGUACACACGAGAAGGUAAUCUUGUCAAGGAAAACUUGAGCUGUACGGGGUAACUUAGUCUUAAAUUGAAUUUAUUGUAAGUUUCAAAAAAUUGCAGCUUUUGAAAAAGUCAAAAACACUCUUCUCACAUUUAUCAAUUAUCAUUCUUUUCCUCAGACCAUUCGGGAUGUGACGUCACCUCGUGUCAAAAUGGCGGGACUUGUUAUGAAACAGAAUUUGGAGUGAGGUGUAUCUGUAGAAAUGGAUAUUCUGGUGACAAAUGUCAGAGUAAGAAAUACAAAUUGUAUAUUCUGAUUGGUUGACCUUCGCAGUAACUGCAGUUUUAUAAGAAUAUGUGAAUGUAGACAACCACUAAAAUUUUUCAAAAUUUUCUAGUUCGUAAAUUCUGUGAGGCAGACACGUGUCAAAAUAAUGGCAAAUGUAUUGAACACGUGCGAGGAUUUCGCUGCGUUUGUCCGGAGGGAUACAAGGGGAAAAUGUGUGGAGGUAGGUACAAGUGUAUAACUUCAUUGUAUAUAUAUGUUGAAAUCAGUGAGCUGUUAUAUACAUCUGCAGCAAGAACUUCAAGCCUGCUUUCCACUAGCGAAUUUCUUCGCGCGAAGCGAAUUUUUUAUUGUUAAAAUUGAAAAUAAUUUAUUAAAAAUCUAAUUAGUUCCAGCCGAGAGCUUAUAAGACAAAAGAUUCGCGCGACAAAUUUCGCUAGUGGAAAACUGACUUCAGUCAAUCGGACUCGAGACUUUUUGGACUCGAGUUCUCAAAUAUAUAUAUAUUGAGCCCACUAGUUGAAAUAAAAUAUCCUAUUCCGAUGAUCAGGAAAAUGGAAACUGUUACCAGUCGUAUUUUUAAUCGAAACUACUCAUUAUUAUUUUAAGUUUUUAAUUAAUUUUAUGUCAUUCUCUAGAAAUUGAUCGUUGCCGUCCUAACCCGUGUCUACAUGGCGGACAUUGCGAGCAAUCGGAUACCGGAUACUUCUGCAAAUGUCCAGCUCGGUAUCAAGGUCAAAACUGUGAAGGUACGUGGGGAUUGAGCAGCAAUUAUUUAAGAAAUGUUUACGAGAUGGUUUAAAGAGUCAUUGUCGACCACAAUGCAUUUGUUUACAUCUUGCCUUCGGAAGUAAAAAAGCAACAAAUGACGAUUAAAAACAUUUCUUUGGUGCAAUUUAAUAUAAAAAAGUUAAAAUGAGUAAUAUAUUAUGGAUUGAAAACCGAAACAUCUAUUAUUCCGCCAUUACAUGGCCGCCAAGCAGAUUUGGGCCUUUAAAAGAGCAGGUACACAAAUUUUUAUGUGUUAGUGUGUUACCAAGUAACAAUGCAAAAUAAUUUUCUUUCCUUUUCUUUUCUUUUCUUAUCUUAGUUUCCAAUCCCUGCGCACGCAAUCCAUGUAAAAAUGGAGGAAAAUGCUCCAGCGGUCUUGAUGGUCAGCAGUAUCAAUGUCAGUGUUUAGAUGGAUAUCUGGGUAGAACUUGUGAAGGUAGGGGAUGAUAGGGGUAAUUAAAGAUACAAAAGGCGAAACAAAGAGAGAUAUAAGCUUCGACAUAAUUAGGGGAGGGGCGAUUUAUGACCCUAUGUGACUCCAGUCUAGUGCCUUUAUCAGGAAUAAUAUAAAAUAGUAACCUUUACAGUAUAUUUUAGCUUUUCAAAUUGGGGUUGUUUUGCUUGUAGAACGUAAUCUUUGCACGCCAAAUCCAUGUGAAAAUAACGGGGUCUGUCGGAGUACUCCAUCGGAGUUUGUGUGUCAGUGUCGGGAUAGUUUUCAAGGAAAAACCUGCUCAGGUGAAUAAUUUUAAAAGUGUGAUUUAAUGUACCGUCAUAACGAAUCAUCACUGAAUUUUUUUUAUAGUAUAUAAUACUAGGUUUUCUGGAGACAUUAAAAUAAAUUGAAGCACUUGAUUCACUCUCAAAACGUAAUUUGCUGUAUUUUAUUAAAAAUACUAAAUCAUUGCAUUAAAUUUCAGAAAAAGAUCCAUGUCGAGAGAACCCAUGUCUUAACAAUGGUGUUUGUAAGAGAAAUGGGAACAAUGAUUUUACUUGUACUUGCGCAGACGAUUAUAAAGGGAGUCGGUGUGAAGGUAUGAGAAUGAUAAUGAUACAUUUUACAAUAUUUACUAGGUUCGUUCAUGUUAUAAAAAAACCUGAUUAAGCUAGGGACUACCUCAAUAAAAUUAAAUUGGUAAAAUUAAAACAUCCUUUAUCUUUUAUAUAGUAAAACGACAUUGUCUUCCUAACCCAUGUUUAAAUUAUGGUGUUUGCGAAGAAAGUGGAAAUGAUUUCACCUGUUCUUGUAAGGAAGGUUUUCGAGGUCAGAGAUGUGACGGUAAGCAUACCUAACUGUCGUUUAUUAUCACAAUUAUCAUAAUUAUUCGCGUUGUCAAGAAUGUUCGCCACCGCAAUUAACAGGAGUUCUCGAAAAGUCACAAAAUAAUAAAAUAUAUAUUGAGAGAUGUUUCGAAUCAUGUAUAAAAAGAGUUCUCGGUACCAAGAUACUGCAAAUAAGAUUAUAGAAGACAAACUUGAGUUACUUCAUUGAAACUUUAUUUCACUAUACAAAUUUGAUUCGUGAUGAUUGUGGCGAGAAUUGCGAUUUGCAUGAUGAGUUUGUAAUGGGAAACAAAUUAGUUGGGAAAUACUGUAAUGCAGCUUGAAUGAAGCAACUCAAAUUUGUCUUCUGAUCCUAUAUGAUUGAAACAAUGUCUCCCCCUAGCCUCUGACUCGUUCUGAGAAACAGUGUCUCGUUCUGACCAUAACAAUUUAUAUCUACAUGACAAUUACGUAUUAAUAUUUAUUAUUAUAUGAAGUAUAGUGCUUUAUAGAGAUUUCGAGCACUGAUAAAAGUGAUAAUCUCACAUGUGAGAUUAUUUAUGAUAAUCUCACAUGUGAAAAUUAUCGCUUUUCAAUUAUCGCUUUUUUGUAAAAAUUAUCGCUUUUCAAAGAUUGUCCUUUAUAUAAUAAACAGAAAAAUACAUGGGUGCUUGGAAAUACCAGAUUUAUUUCUCGUGUUGAACAUGAUAUAUCUCACUCGUUCGCUGCGCUCACUCGUGAGAUAUCAUGUUCAACACUCGAAAUAAAUCUGGUAUUUUCGCGCACCCAUGCAUUAUUCUCUAUAUUAUAUAUGUUAUAAUGUAUAUGUUACUUGCUCCACCGCAGUGCAUGGGAAUGGAUAAUUCCAGCUCUAGACGAAAUUUUGAUCUAGACAAGAAGUACGAAAUCCAUUACCGUAGCUGGAAAGAGCAUCUUAAAAUGAGUAAAGUUUGGUUGCGAAUGGUUGUAAAAUGAAGAAAAUAUAUAGCCAUGUGAAGUUCGCAAAUUUUGUAUAUAAAUAUUUGCAUUACGCGAAAAAUAACCAUUUUUUAGCCGAAAGUAUGGUUAUUUUUACCGCACGUAAUACAAAUAUAUACAAAAUUUGCGAACUUCACAUGGCUAUAUUUUCUUCAUUUUACAACAUUUAGCAACCAAUCUUUGCAGUUUUAGUCAUUCUAAGACGCUCUUUCUAGCUGUGGUGUUGGAUUUCUUGCCCUGAUCAAAAUUUCGUAUAUAGCUGGAAUCACCCAUUGAACCUAUACGAUAUUUGUUUUGCUACGAGGCCAAGUCUAUUUCGAAACUGAGUUUCAAAACUAGUUUCUUCAAUAUCUAUAUAUCUUGUUAACUUAAUCCACCAUUGUUGUCCGUAUAUAGUUUCAUUAUUAAUCAAUAUUUUAUCAAUUCCAUUGAAUCUAGAACAAGAUCAGUGUGCCCCAAAUCCUUGUCGAAAUGGCGGGCGAUGUGUCUCAGUUGGUCUCCAUGGCAACGCAAAACCAUUUGUUUGCGAGUGUGCCAACAGUUUCUAUGGUGAUACAUGUGAAGGUAUAAAAAGUACUAAACUGUAAUUGAAUGGUUGAAUGAUGCCUUUUCGACGGAAGCAGUUUGAAAAUCGUGUUCGCACUUUAAGGUGGCUCGAUAUAGUUAUCACAAAAACUCUGCCGCUCAAGAAUCGCGAACUCAAAACCGGAUGACCAUUCUUACGUGCAGGUCGCGGAAACUGAUUAAUAAAAUGAAAGAACUGCCAAAAUAACCUGACGUGAGCAGUUGCUCGCGCCAUCUAACGUCAUUGCGCAUGUUCUAUAGCGUUUUAUGUUAAUUGCUGACGUCAUUAGAAUUUUCAAUUUUAGAAAAACAAUGCGCUAUAUCUCAUUAUUUUGUCUGGUGACCUAUGUUCAAAUUUUGCAUGCUGUAUUGCACUGCUAAAAACUUUCAUUAUACAAAAAAUAAAAAAUUCUGUAAUGCCAAAAAGUUUUACCGCAGAAUAUGACAUUUUCGCAUUUUCCAAAAAAAAUGGCAUUACAGAAUUUUUUAUAUUUUGCUAAUUGUUAGCUUUUCGUCCAAGUAAAAUAAUGCAAGAAAAAAAAUUGGGGGUCACCAUGCUUCUUUUCCAACUACACAAGACGAUAGGCCAUUUUGGAGUGAAUUUCGUACACGUAUGUCGUCAUAGCAACGAACUAUCUGUUACUAAAACUAAUGUAAUUUGAAAGUAGAGAUAUCAAAAUAUAUAAAAAAAAACAAUACUGCUGAAUAAAUGCUAAAAAUGCGUAGUUUGAAUAUGUCAAAGUGUUGAACACCUGAAUUUUUGAAAACUGUAACGAGCCACCUUAAAUUAAAACACUUUCGAUAAAACGAAACAUAUUUUUCUUUCAGAACGUAAUCCGUGCCACCCGAACCCAUGUGGAAACGACGGACAAUGUACAGAGAUAAACGGCGGGUUUACUUGUCAAUGUCGCGCAGGAUACAAGGGAGAGAGAUGUCGUGGUAAGCUGAAGAUUUCUAAUUUUUUUUUCUUCAAUUGCAAAAUUUUUUAAUGGUUCUAAAGCCCUGGGCAAACUAGGAAACAUUGUUGCGGAAACAUUGUUUCCCAUACAAAUGUUUCGCCAUGUUUCCAAGAGUGGGCAAACACUAGGAAACAUUAGUGAGAAACAUAGGGAAACAUCAAAUGAUUCUGAAUUCGCUAGGAAACAUUUUUGUUUCCACGGGUGGGCAAACAGGGAAACAUUCGAGGAAACAUCGAGAAUCACAAAUGUUUCCACAACAAUGUUUCCACGGGUGGGCAAACAGGGAAACAUUCGAGGAAACAUCGAGAAUCACAAAUGUUUCCACAACAAUGUUUCCUAGUUUGCCCAGGGCUUACUGUCGAUGCAAUAGAAGUGUUGAUAACAUAUUGCAUCAAUUCCUUUCCUCAAGUUGACCAAUUCAUUUGAUAGAAAAUUGAUCAACUUCCUGUUUACUGUCAUGCUUGUUCCCAAUUGGUCAAUCAGUCGCUGAAACGUAAAGCCAUUGGUUGAUUCAAACACACAGGAAGUUGAUCAAUUUUUCAACGAAUAAAUUGAUCAGUUCUAAGUAAUGAAUUGAUGCGAUAUUCCAUUGCAACGACAGUAACAAUAUACAUGAAAAAAUUUCUAAAUUCUGAUUGGCUACGAGGAGUGCAAUUUUUUCGAAAUACAGUACCAAAAAAUAAAAUACAGUGCAAAAAAAUAAAUGCAGUGCAAUUUCUUAAUUUUCUUAAUUUUUUUAUAUUUCAAUUUUCUUAAUUUCUAAAUGUGCAUAAUUUUUUUAUGUAUAUUAUUAAUACGUAAUAGUAUGGUUUCUUGUGCAAUUUGAACUCUGAAACUCGCGAGUUUUUCAAAAACUUCAAAUUGAACUUUUUACUUUUAACUUUUUAUUUUAUUUUUGCAGAAAUUGAUAAAUGUAAUCCGAAUCCGUGUCAACACGCGGGAUCUUGUUCCGAAAUUAUCGGCGGACUGGGUUACGCCUGUAAAUGUCCUUAUGGAUACCAGGGACAAGACUGUGAACGUAAGAUAUUUGUGGAUAAUUGUUGAUAGAUAAGGCGUCAUUUUAUUUUUGUCCGGAUAAAAUUGCAAUACAAUCAUAACAUAUAGCCGAGACUGCAAGAUCGGUAAAAUAUGCAUAUCAAAGUAUUGAACUAUUUUGAUAAUGGAUGACUCCAGCUGUAGACUAAAUUUUGAGCUCGGCAAGAAGAACAAAAUCUAUCACCACAGCUAGAAAGAGCAUGUUAAAAUUAGUAAAAUUGCAAAAUUUGGUUGCAAAAUGUUGUAAAAUGCGGAAAAUAUAGCCCUGCGAUAUUUGCAAAUUUUGUAUUAAUUUGAAUUACGCGCGGGAAAAUGCACCACUUUCGGGCCAAAUGUGGUGCAUUUUCCCGAGCGUAAUAUAAAUUAAUACAAAAUUUGCAAAUUUCGCAGGGCUAUGUUUUCCGCAUUUUACAACAUUUCGCGGCCAAACUUUACUAAUUUUAACACGCUCUUUCUAGCUGUUGCGAUAGAUUUUAUUUUUCUUACCUAGAUCAAAAGUUAGUCAAUAUCUGAAAUUGCCUAUUGAACAGUUUCUAUGUUUCAUUAUAGAAAAAGAUUACUGCCAUCCUAACCCAUGUGAUCACGAAGGCCAGUGUACGCCUGUGGACAAUGAGGCAGGAUAUCAAUGUAAAUGUGUGCCGGGAUAUAUGGGACAGCGGUGUUCAGGUAGGUGACACAGCCUCACUUUAUGUAGCUUUACACAAAAUGCACGGGGGUUCAUAGUAUCGCCGGUGGAUAACCCAAUAAACUGAAAUAUCUUCUAACCAAAGAUAUAAAAAUUUUGUAACAUGACUUAUUCUACAGUUUAAGGAGUUCUUUCAGUCUAAACGUAUUUAAAUUUUGUUGCCCCGUACCCUUUAAUCUAUAAAUGUCUAAUGAUUUGUUUCUUCCAUAUUUUAGUGCCUAACCCAUGUGAACCCAACCCGUGUUACCACAACAGUAAGUGUGUAUUGUUUCCUGGUUUUGGAAAGAACCAUGAAUGUAAUUGCACGAUAGGAUGGUCUGGAGACACGUGUCAGAGUGAGUCAAAUUCAAUCAUUCAGAAAUCUUUCAUCACGAACACUUCAUGAUGUACACACGUAAAAACGCACAAGUUGUUACAGGUCUGCGAACAAGUUGUUACAAAUCUGUUCACAAGCUGUCGACAAGUUGUUUUCGCACUGCUUGUUCCCAGUUGUUGUAAAAAGCUUGAAACAAGCUGUUAUCAAAUUGUAACAAGCUUGAUGGCAUCAUCAGACUGGUUACAAGAUUGUUCUAACAAGUUUGAUACAGUCAUGAUAUAACAAGAAUGUUACAAGGUUGACGACACAAGGUUGUAACAAUAUUGUUAUAUCAUCACUGUAUCGGACUUGAGAGAACAACCUUGCCACAAGUCUGAUAAUGUCAUCAAGCUUGUUACAAGUUGUUAACAACUUGUUCCAUACUUGUUGACAAGUUGGAACAAGCAGUGCGAACACAACUUGUUGACGGCUUGUUAGCAGACUUGUUACAAGGUGUGAGAUUUUUACGUGUGUACACCAGUGUCGACUGCGCAUCCACAAAUGACACGUUCGUUAGAAUUUGAAUGCCCUAGCACUAAGGCUAAGCUGAACGCAAAGAUGCGUAAAAUAUUUCCAGGGUGCAUAAAUUAUAUUAAAUAUUGACUUAUUAAGAAAUUAAAAUAUCUUUGCGAAGCGCACGAUUUUCUGCUUUUGGGAAUUGAAAGCUUCUUCUAUCAACAAGGUGUGUUCGCAACAGACUUCUAGCAAGCUUGUCAACAAGUUGUAACAAUGCUGUUAUUUUAUCAAGUUGCUACAAGGUUGUCACUCAUAACUUGUUGACAAAUUGUUGAAUUGCAGGACGAUAACAAGUUGUUGGAACAAUUUGUAACAAGUCUGUUGAGCUCAACAACCUUGUAGCAAGUUGUCAACAAGCCGUCGACAAUUUGUCAACAAGCAGUGCGAACACAUCUUGUUGACAAGUUGUUGAAACAGCAUUGCUACAAGUCUGCUGCAUGUGCAGGUCUGUUACAACUUGUGCGUUUUUACGUGUGUAGCACGGUCAUUUGGAUGCCCAAUAUUGUGGUGUAUAGUCAAAUGGCUGUAUACAUAAAUAUAAACAUACCGUCAAAACAAUUUUCAACAAGACAAUAACACAGUAAUCGGUAUUUCUGUGUUAUAACAGAGCGAGAGAUAUGCAAGCCUAACCCCUGUCAGUUCGGUACAAAAUGCGUGGAGACUGGUGAUGGCAGUUACAGUUGCGUCAAGUCAAUGUGCCACCCGAAUCCCUGUCAGAAUUCUGGGAAAUGUAUCAAUGUUAAUGAAAAUAACUUCCAGUGCGCAUGUACCUCGGAUUAUCAAGGGGAAACAUGUAGAGGUAAGAUUUCUUUAUUGUAGGAACAAAAAACGUGUUGAAGUAAAAUUCAAAUGUCAUUUUAGCUCACUUAAUUUUUUUCAAUCUGCCCACCUUUGGGAAACAUGGCUAGAAAACAAUGUUUCUUGUUUUGUCCACCUUUCGGAAACAUGGCUAGGAAACAAUGUUCCUGGUUUGUCCACCUUCGGGAAACAUGGCUAGCAAAAAUGUUUCCUGAUUUGUCCACAUUUGGGAAACAUGGCUAGGAAACAACGUUUACUGUUGUGCUCACCUUCGGGAAACAUGGCUAGGAAACAAUGUUUCCUGGUUUGUCCACCUUUGGGAAACAUGGCCAGGAAACAAUGUUUCCUGGUUUGUCCAGCUGUAGGAAACAUGACUAGGAGACAAUGUUUUCUGAUUUACUCGCCUUUGGGAAACAUGGCUAGGAAACAAUUUUUUCCUGGUUUUUGCACCUUUGGGAAACAUGGCUCAGAAACAAUGUUUCCUGUUUGUCCACCUUUCGGAAACAUGGCUAAGAAACAACGUUUCCUGGUUUGUCUACCUUGGGGAAAUAUGUCUAGAAAACCUUGCAAAUGCAACUAAUAUGUUAUUACGAACUAAACAGAACUAACACACUACUUUUCUACAUAAGGUGACGAUAUUUCAACUGACCUUGAUCAAUCGACGGACAAGAGCAACCGAGCUUCAAUCGAACGACAUACGACGGCGGACGACGAACCUGCAACGACAAAUGUCGACAAAUUGCUUCGACUUGUAGACCGCACAUUGAACGCUUACAAAUCAAAACACCAGCAAACAAAUACAAAUGUAAAUAACGAAAAGGUGACGAAUUUACUCAAAACAUUAAGAAACGGUAUAACAACCAAAAAGACAAACCAAAUAACCUCACGACGACUUGACGAAGAUGACACGACAAAUGACGAUGACCUUAUGACUUACCAAGAACGAAAUGCAAAACAGCUUGACGACAUAACGAAACACGCAACAAUAAGCCAAAACACGAACAAAAACGUUGACAAAACGAACGACAAUUCUGAUAUUAUAAAAACCGAUGACGAUUUAAUUAAAUCGCUUAACCCAGAAGGCGAAGUAGUUGUCGACAAUCUCAACACGAAUCGACAAAACGAUAUAACAAAACACGAAACGGUAAACGCAAACACGAACGAAGGCCUACAAAACACAAACGAUAUAAUGAAACUCGAUGACGAUUUCAUAAAAUCAGUUAACCCCGAAGGGCAAGUGGUUGUCGACAAUUCCCCACGAAAACCAUUGCCUCCCAAACAACUUUUUUAUGAGCUUAAUAGUAAACGAAAGAACGCAAAAACAGACCAAAACACGAACGAAAUCUCACAAAACACGAACGAAAUCCCACAAAACACGAACGAAAUCCCACAAAACACGAACGAAAUCCCACAAAACACGAACGAAAUCCCACAACAAACAAACGGUCAUCUUCAAUACACGAACGACCACUUGCAAAACACGAACGAAAAUCGACAAAACACGAACGAAAAUCGACAAAACACGAACAAAUUCCCACACACCACGAACCAAUUCCCACAAAACACGAACGAAAACCGACAAAACACGAACGAAAUCGGACAAAACGAUAACUCAGACAGAACAAAACUAGACCAAGAUUUGGUAAAAUUAAUUAACCCCCAGGGAGAAGUGGUUGUCGAUGAUUCACGACAACCGCCGACGUUUAACGAACAACUUACGAAAGAUAGUUCAGGAGUAGACAGAGACGAUAUACAAAACGAUUUAAUGACAAACUUACGAACUGACGAGACGAGACAUGACGAGGAGGCGUUUAUAAAAAGUAUUAACCCUGCUGGGGGAGUCGUAGUCGAUAGUGACCACGAAGGUAAAAGAAAACAGUAACAGACUGUAAAAUUGCAAAGCAAGGAAACAUUUACUUCCUAACACCGCAAUAUAAUAAAAUGUCAGUCGUCGCAAUUUUCGACAGCAAACGGCAAUUGUCACUGAAAAUGAAAUUAUUGAUGGCAAUUUUUUGCCAGUGGUUAUCAAACACGUACAGAUAAUCCAUUAUCAAAAUUGACAUGCACUUUCAAAUUGGGGUUUUUUUUUGAGGGGAUGCCGUAUUGUAAAAUCAGGACGGCAAUUUUUGUCUACAUUGAUUUUUACGAGUACUGCAAUGUAAUGGAAUCCAAAACUAAAGAAGAAAUAGCAUGACAUUUCAUGGCACAACACAGCGCGAACAAACGCGGCAACCUUAGCGCAUAAACUUUUACUACAAAUCUGCUCAAAAUCUAAGUCAAUUUUACUCAAAAUGUAUGUGAAAAAAACAUCACGUAAGGAAAUAAUAACAGGCAGCAAACGCAAAAACAUAAAUUUAAGGCUUUAGAUCAACACGAAUGACUGAAAUAGAAGAUUUCUAAACAGGAAUUCGGGAAAUGAUCUUAGUUUAAUAUUACUAACUGGUCGCACUCAGGUCUCGUAAGAUGUUUUCUCUCAGAAUAUUGACCAAGUAAAGACCAUAAACAACUAUAAACAACUUAUUAAUAACGACGACUUGACACUACAGUUUACGGACAAUAGAAACGAACACUACACAGUCGAUCAAACAGAACACAAAUGUAAUAUUUCUCAAAAAUUUUCAUAAUUUCUUCUUUCGUAUAGUUCCACGAAAGCAUUCACAAUUAUCCCUGGUUCCCACCUCACCACCUUCUAUCUACUCUCAACAAUCACCUACUAUCCCUGCUGGUGCACCACCAUCCUUACAGCUAACGACAAGUCCCGCUCGUGUUAGCGCUCCCGACCUGAAAUCUGGUAAGCCACCCAACAUUCCAAUGUCUGGUAAGUGGUUCUUAAUAGAUAGGCCAAUUAAGACUGAUUUACACUGUCAACAUUUCUGUGAUCACAGUAGGAAUUUUGCGUAGGUAAAUUCUACGUUUUGAAGGAUUUGUAAGAAAUGUUUCAGGGAAUGAAUGGGCUAUUCCAGCUAUAGACUAAAUUUUGAUCUAGGCAAGAAGAACAAAAUCCAUCACCGCAGCUAGAAAGAGCAUGUCACCACACAUUUGGGCCAAAAGUGGAGCAUUUUCCUGUGCGUAAUACAAAUUAAUACAGAAUUUGGAAAUUUCACAGGGUUAUAUUUUCCGCAUUUUACAACAUUUCGCGGCCAAACUUUGCAAUUUUACUAAUUUUAACAUGCUCUUUCUAGCUGUGGUGAUGGAUUUUGUUCUUCUUGCCUAGAUCAACAUUCAGUCUAUAGCUGGAAUAAUCCAUUGACUCAGUGUUAAACAGUGGGUUAGUUCCCACAAACAGUUCUUACAAAUUCUUCGAAACUUACACCCACAGUCUCAUGGCAAACACAUCUUACAACGAAUGAAACUGAAGCUCAUUGCGGCAUGCAGUAAAAACCAGCAUAACAGAACCAGUAUUUUUUUAAGUCAGGCUGAAGUGGUUUUUAUAUAAUAGGUACUGUACUUAAGCCUAGUUUCCAUUUGGUCGUUAGUUGUCGCUGGCACGACAAGUGGCUGAUGUAAUAGAGUGUCAGCAAAACUUUUUAAACCUCUGCAAUCAUUAAGACUGAUUUGCAUAUAACACACAAAAGACUAUUAUUAUAUUAGACUAUUUCACAUCUACCGCUUGUCGUGCCAGCGACAACUAACGACCAAAUGGAAACUAGGCUUUAGUGAGAAAUCAGGCUGAGUUGGUUCUUAACUGGUUCUUGUUUCUCGUCAAAAACAAUUGUCCCUGGUUUAGUGUUUUAAAUUAUUUGCUUCCCAAGGUGGUCAGCUGCUGACAGUAUGACACUAAUAACUGCCAUUUAAAAAGCCUCCGAAUUUGAUGAAAACGCAUUUGCUAUGGUUCUAAAUCAAUUACAUAAGUCCUAUACGUGCCCUCAGAAUGUGCUUUAUAUGUACUGUAUAUGCAGAUUUCAGAGAACGUAUGGUGCAGCACAUUUUGAUAAACUUCAAUCUUGGAACAAGACUUGUAAAACGCUUUUGGCAAUGUUUACACAACAAGUAAAUUACAGGCAUCCCAGUAUAUAAGAUGACAAAAAUUUCCCGCAAGAUGUAAGAAAAUUUCCUACCAAGAUAUUUUAUUAAAAUUGCCUGCCGGACAUUUUCCAGCAGUGCUUGGCUGUUCUCUCUAGUGGUUUAGCAAGAGUCACCAAAAACGCAAAGAGAAAAUGCAGAUGCAAUAACCACCAGAGUGGUACCAGCAGCCACUACUUAGGCUAAAUACAAUAUAGUAUGGAAAGAUAUUUGAUAUUUGAUUUCUCUUUCAAGCAAUCGCAAGCUGUUCCCCAUUCUUAUGUCAAAAUGGAGGAGUUUGCGUACAAGAAGAAGGGAAGACAAUCAGAUGUAAAUGUCCAUCGAUGUACACAGGAGAGACUUGUCAAAGGAAUAAGUGUCAGGAUAAUCCUUGUAGAAAUAAUGGGACGUGUCUGCCUGUACAAAGAGAGCCUGGAUUUGUUUGCAAGUGCAAGGAUGGACUGACUGGGCCGUUAUGUUCACGUAGGUGAAACUUACAAUAGAAUGCAAUAGCACAGAAUGCAAUAGGGUACAAUGGAAUGGAAAAGAAUAGAAGUGAAUUAAAUAGAAUAGGAUGAGAAAAUAGGCAUAAGAACGGUGGGAUUUUCAAAUCAAUGAAAAGACAAUGGAACAUUACAAUCACUGGAGCCUGGUUGUGUUCACAUGUGUAUGAAAUUUAGCUAGGAUUUCCACAAUAUAUAUAGAUAAGCCAGCUUUGAAUAGGCGAGGGAGGUAUACACAGUAGAGUGUAAUUUAAUAGUGUGAAAUUGAUUUCAAUUAUAUUGAGUAGAAAAGAAUAAAUGGAAUGGCAUAGAAAGGCAUUGGAUGGAAUAGAAAUCUAUAUAUAGAAUACAAUGUAAUUUAAUACAAUACAACGCAAUGCAAUAAAAUGAAACAAAAUGUCGUCAAAAAGAAAAAAAUCCAAAAUAAUGCAACAGGCUCUGUAGAAUUUCAAUGAAUGCCAAUUGGUAAUUUACUGCAGGAACAGUGAAUGAAUAGUUCCGCAUAGCAGCACAGAAUAGAAUGCAAUAGGGUAUAAUGGAAUGGAAGAUAAUUAAAUAGAACAGGAUGAAAAAAUAGGCAUAGACUGAGAGCCUGGUUUUGUCAGCAAUUGCAAGGAAAGAUUGACAGGGCCAUUGUGUUCACAUUUGUAAAGCCUGGUUUACACUAUCAAAGUUUCUGUUAUCACAGUAGGAAUUUUGCAUACAAAAAUUCCAAGUUUUGAACAAUUUGUAAGAAAUGUUUGAGGCAAUUAACUCAUGUGUUAACACAUAUAUUAAUACAUUAUUUCUCUCCCUAGGUAA